AUGGGCGUCCCCAAGUUCGCGGCAUGGCUGACGAGGAAGUACCCAUCCAUGGUUAUGGACAGCUGCCCUGGCGAUGUGCACGGCCUCUACAUUGAUCUUAACGGGCUCAUUCAUCCCUGCUGCCACGACGAGCACGACCCGUCUGUCGCCCUACGUACACAGGAGGAGAAGUUGCGCAGCAUCUGCCUCGCCAUCGAAACACUUGUCGUGACGGUGCGUCCGCAGCGUGUCAUCUACAUCGCCAUCGACGGCGUCGUGCCGCGUGCAAAAUUGAAUCAGCAGCGCGCGCGGCGGUACAUGAGCUCCGCCGUGCCGCUCACGGACACGGACAAGCCGACUCGCGGCGGUAGCCACAAGAUGAGCGCGACCAUCGUCGCGGCGAUUGAGAAGGAGUUCACGCAAGCGGAGUGCGACGGGGUGGAGCGUGAGUUGGCGGAUGUGAGCCAGGCACUUAUGGGAGAUGUGCUCUAUGGCGGUUGCGCCGCGAUGGCGCUGGCGGAGGACACGACCGAGAAGGCGGAGGUUCAUACGCUGGCCGCGGCGCCGUGGGUCACUGUGCCGACCUUGGCAAGUCAGGGUGAGAAAGGCGCGUGCUGCGCCGCCGCCGCCCAAAUCGGCAGGCAGCCGGCAGCGGCAGCAUCUCCAGCCAAGUUCGAUAGCAACUGCAUCUCCCCUGGUACCGCCUUCAUGGAUGCCGUGGCAACUGCCGUGCGGGACUACAUCCGUCGCAAGUUGGCGCCGAAGGAGAGCGACGGCGGCGGCGAGGCGGUGGCUGAGGCCGGCGCGUCUCCAGCCGCCACCUGCGCACACUGGGCUGGCCUCACCGUCGUCUUCUCGGACUCGAACACUGCCGGCGAGGGCGAGCACAAAAUCUUCGACUUUCUGCGCACCCAGUCGGCCUUCCCCGGCUUUAACGGCAGCGGCUGUCACGUCAUCGCUGGGCUGGAUGCCGACCUCAUCUUCCUCUCACUCUCUCUGCACAUCCCGCGUGUGGUCAUCCUGCGUGACCACAAACGGUCCAGCUACGAGCAGGCGUUGCUGCCCGACACCGCCGGUGGCACGCUCAUCACCAAGAGGGUGCCCCCAAAGGCGAAACCACGGCCAGUUCGAAGGCCGGGCGUGUUCAGCUCGUCGAUGUCGUCGAUCGACUCGGCUGCCGCUCCGACGGCUGCGGCGGAGGACGAGGUGGCGCUCGCCAGCGGCACCGCUUCCAUGGCUGCACCAAGUGACGGGACGGACGAAGGCGGGCCUUUCUGGGGCUCUGAGGCGCACUCGAGUCCCGCAUCGCCGGCGACCGUGGCCCCAGCGACGGCACCGCCGCAGCACAUUGCUGACAUGGUGGUUGAGCCGAGCAAGGGCUACGAGUACUUCGACGUAGACGUUGUCGGGGCGUCUGUGGUGUCUGAGGUGUAUCAACUAUGCCUGGAAAAUGGCAUGCAGCUCCGCGGCGACCCGCUUGAGUGCGCGGCCAACUGCGUCUCGGCGAACGGGUUCUGCUUUUACCGCUACAAGGGCACCAGCAGCCGUGAGGUCGACGGUGGCGCUGACUUCGACGGCGAUGGCAGUGGUGAUGCGAAGGCGGUAAGUUCAGCGGCGACAAAGGGCGGUGGAAGGCGCAGAGGGAAGCUUGACGGGAAGCCCAAGGCCCCUCCGCCGCCGUUUCACCCGUGCACCUCGACUAGCAAUUCGAAGAUCAUCGACGACUUCAUUGUGCUCGGCGUACUGCUCGGCAACGACUUCCUACCGCAUCUGCCGAGUGUCUAUUGUGGGGAGAGUGCCAUGGACACGCUGAUGGAUGUCUAUGUCCGUGCAGUGCUGCCGUACGGAUACCUGACCGGCGGCGAGUACGAGAUUCAGCUGCUCCAACUGGAGCGGCUGUUUCGCGCGUACGCGGCGGUCGAAGCGGCGCGCUUUCGCCAGUUCGUCAUCCAGUCGGGGGCAAUGACGCCACAUGACGCUGCAACGCCGGAACUGUGCUCGGCUGCGGAUCGCCGCUGCUGGCGCGACGUGUACGUGCGCACUACAUCGCUGCGCGAUGAGGCGGGGGCGCAGGCAGCGUGCAGGUCGUAUGUGGAGGGAAUGCGGUUUGUGUGGCGCUACUACAGCUCCAUAUCCCUGCAGGUGAGCUGGGCGUGGUACUACCCGUUCCACCACGCCCCGCUGGCCCUCGAUAUCGCUGAUUUUCUGCGUGCGCAAGGGCCGCAAGUGCAGACCACGCUGGCGGCACCCAAGCUGGAGUGGCAACCACCGUCACCGUUCUGCCAGCUACUCUGCAUUCUGCCCUCACCAAGCUGCCAGCUCGUACCCGACGCUCUGCGUGCAACGAUGGCGUCUCCUCCGGCCGAGCUCGCGGACACGUUUCCGCGCCGCUGGGUGGUCGACAGAACCGGCGCCUACGGCAAGGAUCAUUUGGCGACGGCGCUCUUGCCCUUCGCAAACGUGCCGCGGCUGCAGGAGUUGGUGGCCGCUGCCAGUGGGACGUACACGGAAGCGGAGCAGCAGCGGAACGCGCUGCGUUCGGGGCACCUCGUCUUCGAGGGGCAGCCUGCACCCCCCGCCAAGGACUCAACAGACGCAUCCGCUGACGCUACGCCCACAGCCGCAACGGCCGGCAACUUUACCGACCCCACGGCGAGCGAGAGGGCUGAGCGUGCACCUUUUCCGAAGCCGCGGCGGGCCUCUCCCGCUCGAAAAGUACCGCCCGUCGCAGGGAGUGCCGCAGCGAUGAUGCGCGGCUACCGCAUCCAGGGCAGCGGCCUGUCCGUGCUUUCCGCAGGGGAGAAGCCGGCCGACAUGAGGGACUACACCGCCAUCGUCUGCUCCUCUCUUGUCGAAGUUGUGCCGCCUCUGUCGCGACCGCGCACCUACUCGUACACCGUGCCCAUCCCGAGUCUGACGGUGCUCCCGGACGGCAGCCGUCUUGCAGCGGAGCGGCCCCCGCAGCACCGUAGAGGCGGGCGCCGGCCGCGCCACGGCAGCGGCGCUGGUCCGCCAGACAGGAGUGCAUGCGCCUACGCGGCUUCGAACAACGCCGCCGACGCCCAGGCCGUCACGCCCGCCAUGCUGUUUGGCGAGUUUGCCUUGUGCCUCGUGGCGAUGGGUAUACUGACGGCGGAGGUGACCCUCUGGCGGUCCUUGUCCGUGCCAUCUUUGCUACGCAGCUGGCCGAUCCUUCUGCAGCUGUGCGGCAUCGGCGCCGCUUUGGUCUGGCUUGCCUUUGCGCUGGGCCUCGCCGUCGCGCCGAAGGGCCGCAGCGCAGGAAGCGGGCUGCACCGCCACAGCAUCUUCACGGGCUUCGCGGACUGGCAGUGCUCCGCUUGUCUCUCCCUGAACUUCUCACGCAACCGACGCUGCUUCAUCUGCCGUGCACCAUACGACCCGCACCGGUGCGUGGUGCUCUUCAGCAGCCGCUAUCCACCAGAGCCGCCCCUGAUGGACCCAGACCACUCCGCCUACGCGGCGUACUACAGCAUCACUGCGGUUUAG